AUGUUUGCUAAAGCUGCCGUUGCCAUUACUGCCCUCGCUGGCAUUGCCUACGCUCAGACUGGCGAGACCGUCACCACCGGUCAGGCUGUCACUGCAGUCAACGCCGACGACGGUAUUGGCGCCGGUACCGAUGCCUACACCAUGUACAGUGGUGACGGUUCUGCCGGCGCUGGCUGGCCCGAUGUCACUGCCUGGGUUUCCUACUCUGACAUGCUUACUGCCAACAUCCCUCUCAUGCAACAGUCCUGCGCCAACUUGGGAUACGGAGACAACGACUCGGAUGACGAGAUCACGGCCAUCACCGAUGCCAUUGACGAGGUCGCCACUGCCACCUUUGUCGACCACCGCUUCAUCCUCGCUGUGAUCAUGCAAGAAUCCAAGGGCUGUGUCCGCGCCAUCACCUCCAACUACGGUGUCUCCAACCCCGGUCUGAUGCAAGACCACGCCGGUGCAUCGACUUGCAACCCCGGAAGCGAGGGAUCUGCCCAGGCUAUCUCUCCUUGCCCCGCUGACCAGAUCUCCGGUAUGAUCUCCGACGGUACCGCCGGUACUGACGCUGGUGAGGGUCUCGCUGGCUGCCUCAACACUGCCCAGGGCUCUGGCGCCCAGGCCUUCUACCAGGCUGCCCGUAUCUACAACUCCGGCAGCGUCGACGCCUCUGGUGACCUUGGUGCUGGUAUUGCUACUCACUGCUACUCCUCUGACAUUGCCAACCGUCUUACCGGCUGGGUCAGCGCCACCACCGCUUGCACCCUGGACUAA